AUGACAAAACAAAAUGUCCAACAAAAAAAAUAAUAAAAAUACUAGGAAGACAAUGAAAAGAGGAAGGCAAAGUGACUCGUCUUCAUCAGAUUCCGAGUCUGAUUUGGUUGAAUCAACAAGAAAGAAAUAUAAAUUUUUCAAAACUGCAUCAUCUGAAUCAGAUAUUGACAUGGAGUCUGAUUACGAUGAAAUGGAUAAGCUUUUAGAUGAUGAGAAGAUAUUAUGUGAUGAUUAUAUCUUGGUGAGAUUUCCUACUAAGAAAACGGUUGUUUAUUAUGUCGGGCAAGUAAUACAGCUUGCAGAGUAUGGCGAAUUUGUUGUAAAAUAUUUGAGACAUUUGCACAAUCGUUUCCAUUUCCCUGAUGUUGAUGACAUCUCCACUAUUGCAAGAUCCGACAUUGAGGCAAAACUCCCCAGGCCAACUUCUGUUGCUGGCAAUACCCGCUUGGCAAGUUUUUUAAAUUUAGCGUAA